GCCGCGAUGUCUCCGGCGGCUUCGGCGGCUGGAGGAGGCGACCGACGGCGGCCGUUAGCGAGUGUCAGGGCCGGCCGGGGCCGGGGCUGGGGCUGCGGCGGGCCGGCCGGGGCGGCGCUUCUCGUCUUGUCGCUGCUCGGCCUCCUGCUGUACCUGGUGCCGGCGGCGGCUGCGCUGGCCUGGCUGGCUGUGGGGGCUACCGCGGCCUGGUGGGGACUGAGCCGCGAGCCCCGGGGUUCGCGCGCCUUCUCGCUGGUUCGGAACGCCAGGCGUCAGCGAACACUGCUCGCCUCGCCUCCGGCCAAGUCGGCAGUAAACGGAAAUCUUCUAGAGCCGCGGAACCUGCUGGAAGGACCCGACCCCGCUGAACUGCUCCUCUUGGGCAGUUACCUGGGCAAGCCCGGCCCCCCGCAGCCCGCCCCCGCCCCCGCCCCGGAGAGCAGGGACCUGCGGGAGAGGCCGGGCCGACGCCCUCCCGCCCGCACCGCGCCGCCCGCUCAGUCGGCGCAUCCCCGUGGCGUUCAAGUUCACCCCUUCCUCCCCACUCCUCUCCUCCGAUCCUCUAGGAGGCCUUCCCACCGGGAUUGUGGGGCUUUAUCACAUCGGUUUGUAAUAACACCUCGAAGAAGAUAUCCAAUUCAACAGACCCAAUAUUCCUUGCUGGGGGUACUUCCCACAGUAUGCUGGAAUGGUUAUCACAAGAAGACUGUACUAUCUGCUCGUAAUUCCAAAAUGGUGUGCAGCCCAGUGACAGUGAGGAUUGCUCCUCCGGAUAGCAGAUUGACUCGUUCUCCGAUACGAGAGCAAAUUAUCAACUCAACACUGUCCUCACCAUCAACUAGUGCCCCAGACCCAUGUGCAAAGGAGACCGUACUGAAUGCCCUCAAAGAGAGGAAGAAAAGGACAGUGGAGGAGGAAGACCAAAUAUUUGCUGAUGGCCAGGAAAAUAAAAGAAGGCGCCAUGAUAGCAGUGGGAGCGGACAUUCAGCAUUUGAGCCCCUGGUGGCCAAUGGAGUCCCUGCUUCUUUUGUGCCUAAGCCUGGAUCUCUGAAGAGAGGUCUCAAUUUCCAGAGCUCAGAUGAUCACUCGAAUAAGAGAUCCCGCACCUCUUCUAUGAGCUCCUUGACAAGCACGUACACAGGUGGCAUCCCUAGCUCCAGCCGCAAUGCCAUUACCAGUUCUUACAGUUCUACUCGAGGUCUCUCUCAGCUGUGGAAGAGGAGUGGUCCCAGUUCAUCUCCCUUCUCUAGCCCAGCCUCAUCCCGCUCCCAGACACCAGAGAGGCCAGCGAAGAAAAUAAGAGAAGAGGAGCUUUCUCAUCAUUCUAGUUCUUCGACGCCAUUGGUAACAGACAAGGAGUCCCGGGGAGAAAAGGUUGCAGAUAAAACCACGUGGAAGAAACAGAACUCGUGGAAUUCCCCAUCAACACCUGGCAGCUCUGGGCAGCGUAAACGGAAGGUUCAGUUGCUGCCCUCCAGGCGAGGGGACCAGCUGACCUUGCCUCCACCUCCCCAGCUUGGUUAUUCAAUCACUGCUGAAGACUUAGACUUGGAAAAGAAAGCGUCUUUACAGUGGUUUAACAAGGUCUUGGAGGGUAAGACUGAUACUGCCUCAAGCUCUGUCACUGAGAACCCACCUACCAGUCAGUCUUCUUUCACUUUUACCCUGCCUGCUGCUGGGACUGCUUCACCCCCAACCUCCCUCCCAGCCCCAAGCACUAACCCACUCUUGGAGAGCUUGAAGAAGAUGCAGAAUUCCCCAGGCCUACCAUCCCUCCCCGAGUCUGCUGGCGUGGCAACCACCGUGGCCCAUUCGCCUCCGAAGACACCCAGCCCUCUGGGCUCUUCAGAGUCAGCACCCCCUCCAGGCACCUCCUCAGACCCCAAAUCCACCACCACUUUCCUGGGGCUGACCCCUGCUUCUUCCCCAGGACCAGUCACUGACGCCACCGAGUCACCUCCAGACCCUCAGGCUGAGACAUCUGCCAAAUCCCAAGCCCCGUCCGCCCCGUCUCCCAGCCCCAAGCAGAGUCUUCUGUUUGGAAUGCUGAGCACCCCACCUGCUAACCCUCCUGCCUCUGCGGCCCCUGCUGUGUCUUCAGCAUCUCCCAUGUUCAAGCCCAUUUUUGUGGUCCCACCUAAAAGCGAGAACGAGGGCCCCUUGCCCUCUAGCCCUUCCAAGGUCACAGCCGCAGCCUCUUCCAGCUCAGCCGUGCCCACGACGACCGGCAGCCCACCCCUCACUUUCAAGCCUAUCUUUAGCAACAUGGAGCCACCUGCAUCCGUGCCCACGUUAACCCCCUUCUCCUUCAAGCAAACAGCUACUCCAGCCACCACCACGAGCGCCCCUCUCUUCAGUGGCCAGGCCGGCGCCACCUCUGCAGUGGCGUCCGCGACCACAGCCAGCACCUCCGCAGACUCUGCUCCGAAGCCCGCGUUCAGCUUCGGCGCGCGCACCGCGACCAGCACCCUGAGCGGCGUGACGAACACCACCGCGUCCACCUCCCAGCCCUUCCUCUUCGGGACUCCCCUUGCUUCCGGCGCCAGCUUCAGCCCAGCCGUGGGCCCCAUAUUCCAAUUCGGCAAGCCUCCCGCCACGCCCGCUUCGACAGCAGUCGCCACCUUUGGCGAGUCCCUUCCCAGUGCCGCCCAGAGCGCCCCCAGCAGCAGCACGGCCAGCUUCAGCGGCUUCGGCAGCACCCUCACCGCCUCGGCCCCAGCCAGCAGCAGCCAGCCCGCGCCCACGUUCAGCAGCGCCGCCGCCCCAGCGUUCAACAUUCCCUUCGGCUCGAGCGCCAAGCUGCCUCCCCCGUCCUACCCGGGAGCCAACCCCCAGCCCGCCUUCGGGGCUGUAGAGGGGCAGCAGCAGGGGGCCGCCAAGUCAGCCCUCGUCCCCAGCUUCGGCAGCUCUUUCACUUUUGGAAACUCUGCAGCCCCGGCCCCGACCGCGGCUCCAGCGCCAGCCCCGGCCCAGCCAGCCUUCGGUGGCACCGCGCAGUCGGCCUUCGGUGGUCUGAAGGCCACGGCCUCUGCCUUCGGCACCCCUGCCAGCACCCAGCCGGCCUUUGGCGGCACCACAGCUGCCUUCUCCUUCGGCGCAGCCACCACCUCUGGCUUUGGAGCUACGACCCAGACCACCAGCAGCGGGACCAGUAGCUCGGUGUUUGGCAGCACGACACCAUCGCCCUUCACGUUUGGGGGAUCGGCAGCCCCAGCCGGCGGCGGGGGCUUUGGCAUCAGUGCGGCCGCCCCAGGCACCAGCUCUGCCUCUGGAGCGUUCAGCUUUGGAGCGGGACAGGGUGGGACCACUGGCAGCACGACCCCUUUCGGGGGAGGCUUGAGUCAGAACAGCUUGGGCGCGCCCAGCCAGAGCACACCCUUUGCCUUCAACGUGGCCAGCACGCCGGACAGCAAACCUGUGUUUGGAGGCACCUCCACACCCGCCUUUGGUCAGAACACCCCUGCCCCUGGGGUGGGCGCAUCAGGCAGCAGCCUCUCCUUUGGGGCGUCCUCAACACCCGCCCAAGGCUUUGUCGGAGUUGGACCUUUCGGAUCGGCGGCCCCCUCCUUUUCCAUCGGUGCGGGAUCCAAGACCCCAGGGGCUCGACAGCGACUGCAGGCCCGAAGGCAGCACACCCGCAAGAAAUAGCCUUUGCCCCUGCCCCCCACAACCCCGCCACCUUUGCCCAAAUCUGGACCUCAGCACCUGCUAGGAAGAGCCUCUGACCCUUCCAGUUCCGUAACACAGACCUGCCCCAGACCUCUGGCUUCGGCCACCAGGGAGGUGGUGGCAGCCCCAGGGGCUGUUUCCCUCUUCCAGGAAGCAGAAGCCUCAGGCCUCUCGAGGGAGGAGGGGGAGGCAGGAUGUGGCAGGGCAGAAGCCUAUUACUACCUUACUUGAACAGUUCCACUGGUGAGGCUGGAGAGAACUAAAGAAACAUCUGUACAUAUCGUCCACUGCCUUCCUUGACUCUCGUUUAGUGUAUGAGCUUGGUCAGGCGGCCUCCCUCCCCGCCUUCUCCCUGAGAGCCAUCUUUGCCGGAGGGCAGCAGGUAGAUCCCUCACCCACGUGCAUCUCUGAUAUGCAUUUGAUGGGACCGGGGGAUGGAUUAUCCCUAACACUUUACCUUGCUUGGCUUGGCUAUAAAAAGUGGUUCUCCCCCUCUGGUCCCAUUAGGGGACUCUGUUUCCCCAUUUCUUGCUGCUUCAUCCCUUACUGGUUCCUUGCAGGAUCGAUUCCAUUUUAAAUGAUCCUGACUCUCGCUCUGCCUUGGAGGCCCCAGUGGGUGCUGCUCCUGCUCUUCCACUUCCUCCUGCCAAGUUUCAUCCCCGACCCUCUCUGCCAGUUUGGCCCCUAAAAGCUUGGUGGCUCAAGACUGUUAGCCCGGCAGACCCAGGAGUGAUACCUUCCCCAGGAGAGGGAAGCUCCUGGAGCAGGCAGGACUCCCCCGCUGCUUCCAGCUGCCUCCUCGCCCACCGUCCGUCCCCGUUGGCCUCACUGGGCUUGUCUGCCUCUCCGGGAUUUUAUGUCUAAAGCCUUGUCCUGUUAUUUUGUCUGUCUGAUGCUCACGUCUAUUGCUCUUUGAAUCGAGUUUGGAGGAAGAACUGAAUUGUAUGAGUGGCGGCAUGUUGGUAGUGCCGGACUUAACUGUUUCUCAAGUUCCUGGGGCCUCGCUAAUUGAAUGUGGAAAGUAGCACCACUUUGCGGCUACAAGUGCCGAGUCUUGAAUUUUCAAAUGGUGUUUUGACUUUAAGGGCUGGCAGCCAAGGAGGAUGGGUCUGAGGGGAGCAAGGCCUCUUCCCUCUGCUGUUUCUGUCCCACCUGCCUAACUUCACUGUAGGCUAAGUCACUUGUAGUGUAUGUUAGAGAACCUAAAUUAAUGAACCACAUUUUAAAAUUGUAUCUUACUUCCUCCACCCCUUCCUUACUUCCUCCACCCCUUCCUUCCUUCCUUCUUCCUUGGUUCCAAAACCACAUACCCCAGGCCCGAAAACCUUGCUGCCAUGCCCAUCCUCUUUGGGAGAAGUAUGAAUGCGUGUGUCUAAAUUAAAAGGAAAAAUAUUUAAACAUUUUU